ACUGUGCACAUUUCCAGUGGUUACAUUUUCACAAGUAAAUCGUAUUUUGGCGCCGUUGGUUAUCUUUACGAGAAAUCAUUCGAUCCAGUGAAUCCAUCGAAUAAUUUGGUAACUUCUGGUGAUGUUGUUGGUAUUAACGGAGAGUUUGAAAUCGAUGUUUCUCUCUCAAAUGCUCGUACAUAUAUAUUAGUUGUCACAUCGUCCCAACCCUUACGUACGGGAGUUUUUUGGAUAUGGGGACGUGGUCGAGCUCCUCUCACUCUUACAUCAAGCGCAUCAUCUAGUGGUAAGUCAGUAACCAAUAGUGAGAACAACAGUAUCUUCUAAUGCGAAUAAGCUUUUAACUCCAUUUCAUGAGCAAAUCGAUAAAUUUUAAUACGGUAUUCACAAAUUAUUU